AUGCCGGACAAGGAGAAAAACUAUUCCGAGGAUAAACGAGUAGCAAAAAUGGAAGCUUCAGCAAAAUCAGCAGACGAAGUGGUGGAAGAGAUAAUGAGAAUUCAUAGAUCUCUUCCUCCGAGACCUGGAAUUGAAGACAUUGAAGCUGCAAAAAUACUGAUCCGAAAUGCAGAAAGCGAACAACAAUCACGUCUGGAAUCCAUUGCUAAGCAAAAGAAGCGAAAAGAUGUUCCUGAAGAACUAUUCAAUGUGUUGAUAGAGAUGCAAAAGCAUUUAGUCGAUUUCCACACCAUAGAACAGAAAAGGGAAGCCAUUAAAUUGCUUGAUCUUGAAAACUACCAUAUACUCUUUGAUGAAAUGAUUCAGAGAGCUUCCAGAUGUGUUAUUCCUAAUGGUAGUGAUGAUAAUAAUACUACCACCCAAUCAGUUAACUCCACCUUGUCACCUUUGACAACUCCACCUUCUUACUCUGGUGUAAAUCUUAGCAACUCAAUCUCAUACUCACCCAAAAAUGUUAAAUCUUCUGAGUUGUUCACUAGAGAUGAUAGUUAUGUGAGCAAGAUGGAGUCUACUACUUAUGGUGAUGGAAUCAGAAGGAAGAUUCGAUCUACUGAUACUUCAAAGCCCAUGAUUGUUGAUUCGACUCUAAAACCUUCCAUUGCAUCUGGUCAAGAAGGUGAGAAAUUGAGUCUCAUAAAGCUUGCGAGUCUCAUUGAAGUAUCUUCCAAAAAAGGAGCAAAAGAACUCAAUCUUAGCAACAAAUUAAUGGAUCAAAUAGAAUGGCUUCCCGAUUCAAUAGGAAAGUUAUCUUCUUUAAUCACUCUUAACCUAUCAGAAAAUCGCCUCAUUGCUUUACCUUCAUCAAUCGGAGGUCUUUCAUCCUUAACAAAACUCGAUCUACAUUCCAACAAAAUCACCGAACUCCCGGAAUCAAUCGGAAACCUCUUCUCCUUAAUCUACCUCGAUCUCCGAGCCAACCAAAUGACCAAUUUGCCCUCGACUUUCGGACAACUAAUCCAUCUCCAAGACCUUGAUUUGAGCUCCAACAACUUCUCAAUCCUCCCCGAAUCCGUGUGCUCACUCAAAAACCUACAAAAGUUAAACAUCGAGACGAAUAACAUCGAAGAACUCCCACAUAUGAUUGGUCAAUGCUCUUCACUUAAAGAGCUUAUUGCGGAUUACAACAAACUCAAAGCCCUUCCGGAAGCAGUUGGAAAGAUAGAAUCUUUGGAGAAAUUAUCGGUUCGUUAUAAUAACAUCGGGAGGUUGCCUACUACAAUGUCGUCAUUAAAGAAUUUAAAGGAGCUUGAUGUUAGUUUCAAUGAACUUGAAUCGGUCCCUGAGAGCUUGUGUUUUGCUAUUUCGCUUGUGAAGAUUAAUGUUAGUAAUAAUUUUGCGGAUUUAAGAUCUUUGCCUAGAUCGAUCGGGAACCUUGAGAAUUUGGAAGAGUUGAAUAUGAGUAACAAUCAAAUAAAGACGCUUCCGGAGUCUUUCCGUAUGUUGUCGAAGUUACGCGUGUUGAGAGCAGAAGGGAAUCCGUUGGAUUCACCGCCGCUAUCUGUGCUUGACAACGGCGCUCAAGCUGUUAUACAAUACAUGAACGAGCUCCACGAGAAGAAGGAAGUGAAAGUGCAACCAUUACACCACCUUUUGGAGUAUCUUUUUUAUUGGAGACUUGAGCUGUCCAUGGGCUGGAACAAAGCUAAUGGAUGAUCUUCACAUACUGUUUGUCUCCUUCCGCCUAUUGUCUUUUUUUUUUUUUAAUCACAUCAUGUUUUUGUUAUUUAAUUUCUUUAUUUCUUCUUGUGAAUCAAUGUAAUUAAAAUCGAAUAAUCCUUCAUUUUCAAUAAUCUAUUUAUUUCUUGAAAUCAUAUAUGAUCUUUACCUUAUAAGC